CAACUUCAGAGGGUAUCAAGAGGUCGCUGAGGAGUGUGGGACGGUGGCGGACUCUGUUAAUGUCUGCCUACUCAUUGGUAAGGUGCGUGUCCCCUGCGUCCGCGUCGGUCGCCCGUUUAGGAUUGCGCCUUAUGGCACUAUUGCUCGUGUAAAACGCAAGAAAGGCACGUUGGGAACGAAAUCUCAAUUUUCCGCGCUUGCGCUGUCAUUUUCGUUUGACGGUUCACCAACGUUGGAGCUUGCGCCGUAAUUGUCGAUGCAUUGAUAGCUAGCCAGCUAGUUAGCAGGAGGAGAACUAGCCCAUUCGGUGGUUAGCCAGUCAGCUGAAACUCUGAACUGUCAUUACAUCACGCUUAGUACGUUCAUUUUCCCCAACCGAUCCGUUUAACACUUACUGUACAUAUCCUGGUGUAUUAACGAACGACUCAAUCGGCAAAAGGGUGACUCGUGGGGGGCAGGGAGAGACCGACGGAGGCGCAGUGAGCCAGGAGCGGCCGAUGAGUUCAGACCAGGGCGGAGAGCCGCAGCUGCAGGAGGAGGCUGAGCCGGGACCCAAAACCCGUGGGGAGGAAGAGAUCACACCCGGGACCGGGGGAGACUCAGGCGUCAUGGUCACUGCUAAAGGAGCUGGUCUAAACCCUAAUGCCAAGGUGUGGCAGGAGAUCCCUGCAACACAAACUGAGGCUCCUGCGGAUGACACUGAGGCCUCCCCCUGGUCCCAGAACAAUAUGGCCGAAGGUAAACAAUACGCACCAGGUUUCUCCCCGAUGGAGAACAACAGCAUCUCUAAUGCUGUAGUGGGUGUGGUGAAUGGUAUGGACCCCCCUGACCAAAGCUUUCCAGUUUGUGAUCACACUACAGCAACUAAUGUGGAAUCCAAGAUCCCCGAGGAACAGCCUCUCUCUGAGGAGUCCUUGCGCGAGUCUCUUAAAAAAGAACUGGAGUUUUGUUUCUCCAGGGAGAACUUAUCUAAGGAUCUUUAUCUAAUAUCUCAAAUGGACAGUGACCAGUUUGUCCCCAUUUGGACUAUUGCCAGCAUGGAAGGAAUCAAAGUCCUCACAACUGACACGGAACUUAUACUAGAUGUCCUGCGAUCAUCUCCAAUGGUCCAAGUUGACGAGAAGGGGGAGAAAGUGCGGCCAAAUCACAAGCGUUGCAUCAUUAUUCUACGUGAAGUCCCGGAGACGACACCUGUUGAGGAAGUGGAAGCCUUGUUUAAAAAUGACGACUGUCCUAAAGUAAUAAGUGUGGAGUUUGCACAUAACAACAACUGGUACAUUACAUUCCAAUCCGAUACAGAUGCUCAACAGGCAUACAGAUAUUUAAGGGAAGAAGUAAAGACAUUUCAGGGAAAACCAAUUAUGGCCAGAAUAAAAGCCAUCAAUACAUUCUUUGCCAAGAAUGGUUACCGCAGCCUGGACUGCAGUGUCUACCCUCAGCAAUCUCAUACACAGUCCCAGUACAGCUCCCCUCUCUUCAUGCAGCCUGUUUACAGUCCCCAGCAGCAGUACCCACUGUAUGGCAUAGUACCUCCGACCUGGACACCAUCUCCGACUCCAUACUUUGAGACUCCUUUGGCACCUUUUCCCAACAGUGGUUUCGUCAAUGGCUUUAGCUCACCUGGACACUACAAAAAUGGCUCAAAUUCUCUUAACCUUGGCCGUCCGUUCAGCAGGAACCGUGUUCCACUCUAUUCAAGAAAGAAUGUAAUAAAUGCCUUCAGGAACCACGUAAAGCCUCAAACGAGGACUAAUGAUGGACUGUCUUCCACUGUGAACCCGGUGGCUCUUGUGGAUGGACUGCCUGGCCUACACAGUCCACAGCUUUCCAACAGCAGUGGACCAGUGCUACCAUCCACUGAGCUUAACUCUUCUUUCUCACACCUCGCUUCCAAUGAGCCAGCUGAUGACGGUACCUUGGGACGUGGAAGGAGAACACCGUACAGGGGCACUCGAAGACGACAUGAUGAUCGCACGGCAAAACCAGUUCCUCUGUCUCAAGUAAAAAUCCCACCCCCCAAGUUUGACCUGGCUGCCUCCAACUUCCCUCCGCUGCCUGGAUGCUCUGCCAGUCCGCAGGGGGAGCCUGUGUUGGAGAACCGCCUCUCGGAUGUUGUACGAGGCCUGAAUAGGGACAAGCAACAGGAUUCAAACAAAGAGUCCACUGUGAGUCCCACAGGCCCAGCCACAGAAGAGACCGUCUCUAGGUCCACCCAGCCUGUUGUCAAGAUGACUGCGCAUGUCCCUGACCCUGUGACCUCCAGCUCGAACCCCCCAGAAAAGAAACUGGAGAAGGCGGAGCCUCCUGUCUAUAAAGAGAUGCCUGUGACUUCUGCCCCCGUCGCAGUGGUGACACCCACCCCCUCACAAACAGCACCUGGUCCGAAGCUUCAGUCCAACUCGACCACUUCUGCGGCUCCGCAGUCUAACACCGCCCCCUCAAGUACCCCGGUGCUGGAACCACGCAAGCUUAGUUAUGCUGAAGUAUGUCAGCGACCCCCUAAGGAUCCCCCUCCUCCAGCACCUGCUUCCAGCCCCAACAAUGCAACCGCACAGCCUCUAAGAGAGCUGCGUGUCAACAAGGUGGACGAGCAGCCCACCAGCCCUGCAAACAAACCGGAGCGGCCUCAGGAAACGGGCGGGAACUGCAAGGCCAGGGAGGGCCGACCGGCCCGUGACUCCCAAGGCUUUAGCCGCAGCAACGGACCCCCCAGAGCCAAUACAGGGGGCUUCAAGCUGCGAGAGCAGCAGAGACGCCCUCCUUUUGGCCAUCGCGGUUCCCCCCAGGGAGGUUCCAGACACACUGGAAAAGAGCAGAACAUCCCACCCAUAUCGCCAAAGUAAAGACUAUGAAAAAGAAACCCUUAAUGUAUGAAUAUUUACCACACACAUAUAUUAAGAUAUAUGUAAAUAUAUAUAAAUAUAUAUAUAUAUAAAGAGAUGAAAUAUGAUAUAAAAGUCCAAAUUUAAAAUGGUAUUCACCUCUCCUGCCUGGAGCACUUCCAGAGGAAAAGUCUCAUGAAGUGACAAUGCACAGACUGGGGUAUCCAGGCAAACGGGCAUCGGAAAUUUAAAGCAGUUAAUGCUUGCUGAAGGACGCCAUCAUAUAGGAAAAAACACUUUAUGCUUCUAACUGGACAAUGUCCCUUCAGAAUGUAAAUCCAUGCUUUUUUUUGUGGUUGUCCUAUGAAAGGAGGAUCGGCCUCCCUUAGCUCUUUUAAGGGGAGGUGAAAAGCGAGUGGUCCGAUGACCCCACUAAUGAUGAGAUUGAUUGGUGGUCCGCAAAAGAGCAUAUGCACUAAGAAAUGGAACAUGCAUAAAAUGUGUCAUGUACCUACCGUAUACAAAGAAAUCACUUUGACAUGCAAUGAUUCAUCUUUUUUCAUUUCUUUUGGGUUGCUUCGUUUGCAAUCACAGGACACCGGGGAUAUGACCUUGGGGUGGUUUGACCGUGUAAAUGAGAAAUUGUUUGAAAGGAUGUGGUUUGCUGUAGAGUUAAUAUUUAGUUUUGGGAAAUAGAUCCCAAAUAGGAUAUGUGAUGAGAGCUUGAGUGGAUAGCUUUGCAUAUAUCUUUAAGGGGUGACAGUGAGGUUUGGAGUUUUGCAUUAGUUUGUGUGACAUACUGUAGCUUGUGGUAAUUCUGUAUGCUGUCGGAAUCAAAUCGCUCGAAUUGAAAUAAAAAAAGCAUUACAGGCAGGAUAAAGAUCAGCUUUGAAACGUUGUUAAUGAUUCUAAUAUAAAGCUUCCUGUCACUUCAUAAAGUCAAAGCGUGCCAGUUACGAUGCUUGCUUAUAUGUGACUGAUUUGCUGAUGGGUGAUUGUUUAUUUUUUUUAUUUUUAAGUAGUUAGAGUAACCAACAGCCUGUGAAUAAUAACUUUUAACAGUCAGGUACAUAGGCACUCAGAUACUUUGUCAUCUCAGAUAUAUUCUUUUAUUUUUAUUUUUUGUAUUGUUGUCCUCCAUGAACUGCUUCUACUCUUACAAAAAUUAACCAUGUUUUUUGGCAUAUUGAUUACCAUUGGUUUUACUACUGUAACCAACUGUAGUAAAACCAUGGUUAAUUUUUGUAUGGAUAAGCACGCUCGGAUAACCUUAUAAUCAGUCAGACUACGUUUACAACAUGGUGGUGGUUUGGUUCAGUGCGAGGAAGAGUCUAGAAUCAAGAUUGUCAAGUUAAUGUGUUUUCUUUGGAGAAGGUUUCUUUAUCAUAAGAGAAUUUAAGAUGGAUUGUGAGCUGUGGAUAGAUUGGAUGGUCAUAGUGAUAUAGGUCAUAAAAGACUAAAGCUUAGUCCUGUCCGUUAUUGAUGAGCCUGAUACUGUUAAAAUAACAAAAUCUGAUAUAUCAAUGCUUGCUGCAAUUGAUUCAAAAUUAGGGCUCAAUCAGUGCACCUAUUUUUGUUUUUGUUGGGCCUUUGCUGGGCAGAGAAAACAGUAGUAGGCCUACUGGUCCCUGUCAAAAUCAUGCUGAUUUUUUUGGUCAUGCACAUAUUUAACGCUCAGAGUUGAUUCUCUGGCUCAGGAUGACAAAUCUCAUCUCUCCAUUCCUGUUAGUUACAGCAUCGUCACACUUUUCUAUGAACUUCCAACUUGGCAACGCUUUAAUAUUGUAAAUACCAGGCACAGUCAUUUCAUGCCAUUUUGUAGUUUUAAGGUGACGAGGUUCGUAGGAGAAUUGAAUGUUAAAACGCUCGGUGUCCCGUGAAUGUGUCCUCCAUGAAUUGUAAUACAAUUUUCAUAUUUAAGCUAUUAUGUUUCUUCCCUAAAGAGUGUUUUGACUGUUUGAUAAACAGCAAUAUCUGGGGAAUAAUCCUCUCGAAACGAUAUUUCUUAUAGGUCUGCCAUUGUAACGUGAGUGUCUUCGUUGCUUUUUUGCCAAUGCCAGUGUAUUGAUUCUGAUCGGGUGGCAUGUGUUUUGGCAAUUACAGAUUGACAGUAGCUUUUGUAGGUGGUACCCGACAGUGACUGAGUUGUGCGAAAACCAUUAACUUGAGGAAUGUGAGAAGCAGGGACGCGUUCACUACAAAAGAAAGCGCUGUAAUGAAUUGGUGCUGUUAUUUGGACGUUUAAUCAGGAGGAUACAGUAUUGCUGUUAAAUUCAUUGUAAGUAUUGCUUUUAAAAUUUGAUUUUAAUUUAUUUUAAUCCUGCUGUCCAUCCCCCACACGACCCCCUAUACUUGUAACUUGUUAUCAUGACUAUGUACAAUGAGACAUUGGGAGAAAAUCACAGAUUUAACAUAUUUGUAUAUUUUUUUGAAAUUUCAGCCGAGAAAAUACUUGAUGAUGCAUUUACUAGAGGCUUAGUAAUGCGGUAAAUAACACAUCACUGGGGCUUUUUUCUUGUUUUCAUUUAAUGAAUAUGAGCAGCUAGUGGUUUAGCAUAAUGAAAUGCACUAACUUGUUUAAAAAAACCUUAUUGUUAUGUAAUGUGAAAUUAUACUAGGAGCAUAAGGUAAUGAUAUUGAUGUUGACAGGCUUGCAAAAAUCUACCGAAAAUAGCAAAUUUCUCUUUAAUGUUUGGGUUAUUAUUGUUAAUUGAUUUAGGGGUUGGUGUGGCAAAGGGGGAAAUUAUAUAACAUUGGAUUGAAGUGUACGAGACACUAAAUUCUAGCUGUCUGCAUAAAAUGUCACAAAAAGAAAAUAAAUUAUUUUGUUUUGGCCUUACA